UGAUAAAUCUAUUUUAUAGAAGUGCAGUUACCGCGAAGCGGUAACCACCGAAGAACGUGAAGCUUUUUCCAAUUUCCUAUGGAACUGAACCGUUUCUUGUGAAAAUUUUGCUAUAUAUACGCACGGGCUGAAAGGCAAGGCAGUGCCAACUGCAAGGUGCCAUCAUCGCUCACUCCACACGACGAGCUGACGACCGCCGCUGCACGGUGCACUCCUACUUCGCCUCACCGGUCACCACCUCCCAAAGUGGGUGCCAUCUUUCUCUUUCCCUUCCCCUCCGCGCAUGUCAACGCGAACAAAAAGAGCUUCCUCCUCCUCCUCCUCCACCGCCACCUCCACCUCCCCACGAAGCUUCGUUCCCAUCACCACUCCUCCCCGUGCUGCCCUUCCACUGAUAUAAAGCCAGCAACCUCGCACCGCUAGUGGCAUUUGGAUUCCCUCCCCUGCCGGCCUCUUCUUGAGCUCCCUCUGCUAGCUUCAGGAUCUUGCGUUGGGCAUGGCGGCAGUGAACGGCAAGAAGCGUAGGUGUGAGGCGGCCGGGCUCGCCGAGCUCCACGAGGACAUGCUCGAGCGCAUGCUCGCGCGCCUUCCGCCGGCCAGCUUCUUCCGCCUCCGGGGCGUCUCCCGUCGGUGGCGCGCGGUGGCGGAGUCGAACACCUUCCGCGCCGCCUGCGCCCGCGUCCCGGCUCGUGACCCGUGGUUCCUCAUGCUCUCGGACUCUGAACAGCCGAAGGAGGAGCAGAAGCCGGCGCGUCCCGCCGUCGUUUUCGACUCGGCCGAGCGCGCCUGGGCGCGGUGGCGUGGCGCACCGGGGCCCGUGCCGGUGGCUGCGGCGGGGGGUCUCGUGCUCUACCGCGACCAUGUCACGGGAGAGCUCACCGUGACCAACCCGCUCACGGGCGCGUCCCGCGCGCUCCCGCCGCCGUGCGCGGCAGGCACGCUCCAUGCCAUCGCCAUGUACGGCUCCCCGUACCGCGUGGUCCUCAUCCUGGGUGAGCUGCCUGACCUGUCCAUGGUGUCGUUCGACUCGUCCUCGAACGCGUGGGAGGGCGCGGUGCAGCUGUCUAGGAAGCUGGAGGAGGCCUCGUCCCGGGAACGCGCGGCAGAAGACGAUGGCGGCAACGACACGGUCUACUUCCUGAGCAAGUCCGGCGACGUUGUGGCAACCAACAUGCAGCGGAGCGCGUCGAGGCAGUACUCGUCCGCCGUGGCGUGCCGCGGCGGCGAGGCCGUGGUCUACUUCCUGAGCCACUCGGGCACGGUCGUGGCCUGCGACCUGGCGCGCCGCGCGUUUGCCGAGCUGCCCCGGAUCCUGCCCGUGUACCACGAGUACUCCAUCGACGUCGUGGCGUGCGACGGCGCCGCUUACGUGGUCGUCCUCUCGGAGUUCCUGGACACGGCGAGCCUGCGGGUGUGGGAGUUCGCGGACGGCGCGUGGCGUCAGGUGGCCGCCAUGCCGCCCUCCAUGUCGCACGCCUUCUACGGCAAGAAGGCCGACGUCAACUGCGUCGGCCACGGCGGCCGCGUCAUGGUCUGCGUCAGCUCCGGCGAGGCCAACAACGCCAACGGCUGCUUCAUGUGCGACGUCAAGUCCAACCGGUGGGAGGAACUCCCGCGGUGCAGCAACGGCGACGGGGAGACCACGGACUUCGUGGCCGCCGUCUCCUUCGAACCAAGAAUGGAGGUCGCCGUCUGAGUGGACGCUUGCUUUUGUGGAGCUUGAGCAUUGCUGGUUUCUUGUUAGAUUGCUUGGCUCCGGGCUCCCUGAUGCCCAGUGUAUGUAGUGAUCCAUGAUUGUUCGUGUUCAUGAUUUCCCCAGUGAUUUGAGACCGUUUCAUGUGAAUCAAAUCACAAGUCUGUCGCUUCAUUGUGUUUGUGCUGCCGAUUCUGCCUGACUAGCUUCUGUUGUUUCUGGGUU